AAUGGAAGCUCAGCAGCCCAGAGAGCAUAACUUGGUACAACAGUUAAACAGGCUCAACUGUGGCUUAUCAGAAAGGUAUUUGGGAGACAUGCAGACGCCUGAGUCAUACCUUGAUUUUAGAGCAGAACAGAGCUCUAGUACAGGAGGCUAUAGUAUUAGUCUGUCAAGAGCUAGACUUGUAAGCUGGAGUUAUACUACUAAGAAAGGGAAUAUUAAGAAGUUAAAGUAUUUGGUCCAUGUUUUGGAGGAUGUGACUAAUCUUUCAAUUAUUGAAAAUUGGAUCAGGAAUGCAAGAGCUCUUAAGAUGAAUAUUGUUUAUCCGCUCAUAUCGAAAGCAACCAAAGAGGUUGAGCUUAAUUUUUUUAAGAUUAAAGGAAAGUGUUUCAAAAGGAUUUUCGUUGCUUGAAGAACAAUUAAGAAGCUAACGUUCAGAGAAUGAAGUAUCAUAACCAAAGAGUUUGAUCUUUCUAGAACUUUAUUUAAUAUUAAUUUCAAGAUACAAGAAUUAUUAAUAUCUAACUGUGAAGAAUCUGAAAGACAAGAAAGAUACAAAAAUCAUUUUGAAAUAAUUUUCUUCUCAAUCUCCGAAUCAACCUUAAAACACUCUCUAAAACAGGUGAAGCUAUAUCACCCCAAAGAGGACGAAAACACAGCCGAACAAAUGUCAAAAGAGUACUCUCUUCCCACCAUAUCAAUCACCAUACAACCAUUCCCAAACUAAUCCCCCCAAUCUCACCUUCCUACAGUUCCACUAAUCUCCAUUCAACCUCUAAAUUUCGUCCUUAACCCUCAGCCUC